AUCGAUUAAAAUCACCCACCAUGUCUUUCUCGGCAGACAAGGUCAGCCACCUCAAGGGCGCCUUUUCCCACCGCCGCUUCUCAAGUUCAAAGGACCCCACCGAGAGUGAAUUGGGCUCCUCGAUCCAUCGCCAAUUCCGCCAGUCACACGAAGGACACAAGCCACACGCUGGUCUUGACGCGACGCGCGCUUCCACCGGUGUCGUCUGGACGUCGGAGCAAGCAUACAAACACGGUUUCCUCGAGCACCCAGAGGAAUGGGCCAAUUUGGGUCAGGGUGCCCCCGAGGUCGACGAUAGCAUCGAGGGCUGCUUUGAGAGGCCGAGAGAGGUGGAUAUCAGUGCUCAUGGCAGAGAAUACGGCCCAACCGCCGGUAUCAGGCCGCUGAGAGAGGCUGUCGCGACACUCUACAAUGAACACCACCGCAAGUGGCGCAAGAGCCAGUACACAUGGGAGAACGUCUGCAUUGUUCCUGGUGGACGUGCUGGUUUGAUCCGUAUCGCUGCUGUGCUGGGCAACUGCUACUUGGGCUUCUUCAUUCCCGACUACACCGCAUACAACGAAAUGUUGUCGCUUUUCCGAAACAUCGCCGCCAUCCCCGUUCCGCUAGGCGAAGCAGACCAGUACCACAUGUCGCCCGACAAGAUUGCAGAGGAAAUUGCCCGCGGUACCUCUGUCAUUCUCACAUCAAACCCCCGUAACCCAACCGGCCAGAUGGUCACCAACCCCGAACUCGCCCAGAUCCAGAACAUCUGCCGAGACCGCGCGACUUUGAUCAUGGACGAGUUCUACUGCGGAUACAACUACACCACAAACUGCGACGGCACCGUCAUCUCGGCCGCCGACAACGUCGAGGACGUGGACGAGGACGAUGUGCUCAUCAUUGACGGUCUCACCAAGCGAUUCCGUCUUCCUGGAUGGCGUGUAGCCUGGGUCAUUGGCCCCAAGGAGUUUAUCCAAGCCAUUGGCUCAUGCGGUUCCUACCUCGACGGAGGCUGCAAUGUGCCCUUCCAAGAAGCCGCCGUGGAAAUGAUGUCUCCCCCACGCGUCCGCAACGAGAUGCGCGCUCUGCAAAUGCACUUCCGCACCAAGCGCGACUACGUCAUUGGCCGUCUGCAGGAAAUCGGCUUCAAGUUCCCCUACAUGCCAAACUCGACCUUUUACCUCUGGCUCGACCUGUCCAACCUGCCCGAAGGAAUAAACGACGGUCUCAACUUCUUCCAGGCCUGUCUGGAAGAAAAGGUCAUUGUCGUCCCAGGCAUCUUUUUCGACUUGAACCCCAGCAGACGUAGGGACCUGUUCGACUCGCCCUGUCACCAUUUUGUCCGACUAAGUUACGGCCCGAGAAUGGAUGUCCUCGAAAAGGGUCUCGAUGCCAUUGAGAGAAUUGUUGUCAAGUACAAGGAGCAGCCGCAGAAGCACCGCGCCGUUUCGCACAGGCCCCGUGGCACCGGUGCCCCCAUGUAACAAAACCCGCUUUUUUAACCUGUGUCUAGCCACAGAGUACAAUAGGCUGGCAAAACGCCUUGUUUCGAACAAUCGUCGCCGUGUGUAGCCUCGGGUUUUUGCCCGACUGGGGGAGGUGAGCCGUGCGCGUAGUAGAACUAGAGUAGCCUGCCUAAAUGAGAAUAUGAAUACAUAUAUUAUAUUAAC